AUUAUAUUACUGAAAAAAAAUUAGUUAAAUAAAAUCUGGCAGAAGGUAAGAUGUUAACUGUCACACAAGUGCUGUCAGGUGCAUUCACGGCAUAUAUAUUCUAUUCAGUAUGGUCACUUUACGUGAUGUAUGCACCAUCGAGCUGUCAGCAGUCCUCUGAAACCUACUGCCUGGCAUCCUACCUGGAAAGAAACCCACUCCUUCCCUUACAGCUAACAGUCCACACAUCUACAAAUGAAAGGUUCUCAAAAUCAACAAAAAUAUGGACCAGUAAAAGUUUUUAUGCUGAUGAUGAAUUUGAAGAAUUGGUGGAAGUCAACGUUCCUAGUAUAACUCGCCACAAUGGAAGUUUGUAUGCGAUGGUGCUGCUCAAUGAGCUGACCAGUGACAGCUUGAAGGACUGGACAAUGAAGCAAAUUUGCAGGUUGACUACUUUUGCUGUUCCUCAGGCAUCAACGUUCAACUUGAUUGGGAACAGUACUGAGACAAAGAAUAUUUCAAAAGUUCCAGAAACACAUUGGAAUUCCAAGCUGCUGAUAAAUAUUGUUAAUGACAAAAUAUCUCUGAACCGUUACAACCUGCCUGCCGAGAUUGCAAGUUACAUGAUGUUGUAUAAUAACAAGGAGUACCUACCCAUUCUGUUCAUUGACGAAAUGGCCAUCAGAUUGAAAGAUCUCGUGCCACUGAAUGCCUCAUCGAGUCAGAUGCCGUUGAGAAUUAUAUACAAGCCGAUGAGCAUUGGCAAGUUGAGACUCUGGGUGAACAUGAAGCAUUCACUUUUGUUCUUCAACCAGCUAGGAUUCUCAGAGAAGGACAUAGAUGAAGUGAAAAACAUCUUCGUCGACACCAACCUCUACCUACUGCUGCUCACCUUCUUUGUGUCUGCAUUCCAUUUAUUAUUUGACUUCCUGGCAUUCAAGAAUGACAUAAACUUUUGGAGGAACAGAAAAGACAUGGUUGGACUUUCAUCCAGGACAAUGCUGUGGAGGUGUUUUAGCACCUUCAUAAUCUUCUUCUACCUCCUCGACCAACAGACCAGUCUGCUGGUACUUGGACCUUCAGGCAUUGGACUCAUCAUUGAAGUAUGGAAGACUACAAAAGCAUUCAAAAUUAAGGUAAAGUGGAACUCAUAUAUUCCAACAUUAGAGUUUGGUCAUUCUAAAAAGAACGAAGAGGAGACUGAAGCCUUUGAUGCACAGGCGAUGAAGUGGCUGUCCUACCUUCUCUAUCCUCUCGUGCUCUGUGGGGCUGUCUACUCAUUGCUCUACACGCCACAUAAGAGUUGGUACUCAUGGACCAUUGAAAGCAUGGCCAACGGGGUGUAUGCAUUUGGAUUCAUCUUUAUGUUACCGCAGUUGUUUAUAAAUUACAAGUUAAAAUCCGUGGCUCAUCUACCAUGGAAGGCAUUCACUUACAAGGCAUUCAACACUUUUAUUGAUGACGUUUUUGCUUUCAUCAUCACAAUGCCGACCACUCAUCGAUUAGCUUGCUUUCGUGAUGAUGUGGUGUUUGUGAUCUAUCUCUACCAGCGAUGGCUGUACCCAGUUGAUAAAAAACGAGUGAAUGAAUUUGGUCAGUCGUUCGACGGCGACACUGCGGCUGAAACGAAAUCGCCGACUAAGGAAUCAAAUGACAAUCCACCAAGAAACGCGAAAAGAAUUAAAAAAGAAAACUAA